AGACGAUCUUUGGUUGAGCUAGCCGGCUAACUGUUAGCUGAGAGAGACGCCAUUAGUUGGGUGAAAAUCAGGCUUUGGUCACAGGGUGAAACGGGAUCUGUCUCUGGGUUUGGACUCGCUUCCCUCCGAGCUGCGAGUAGAUUCUGGUAUAAGUUGGGUCCGUGUGUGCUGUCGAGCUGUCCCUCUCAUGAUUUUAGCUCCUUUUUUGAAGUCGGAAGCCGAUGUGAGCUGCGCAGGACUUCAUUUCCGACUGGGUUAGCAUUAGCAGCGCUAGCCUUAAAACGCCCGUUUUGCGGAUAAAAGCGGAGGAUUUGUGCGAGUUUUAACUGCCAGCCAUGGCGGCAGCGAACAGCGGCAAGACCUAUUCGUUCAAGGUGGUGCUCCUCGGGGAGGGCUGCGUGGGGAAGACGUCGCUGGUGCUCAGAUACUGCGAGAACAAAUUCAACGACAAACACAUCACAACUCUACAGGCGUCCUUCCUCACAAAGAAGCUGAACAUCACAGGAAAAAGAGUAAACCUCGCCAUAUGGGACACAGCGGGUCAGGAGCGCUUCCACGCCUUAGGUCCCAUCUACUACAGAGACUCCAAUGGAGCCAUACUAGUGUACGACAUAACAGAUGAAGACUCCUUUCAGAAGGUGAAGAACUGGGUGAAAGAGUUGAGGAAAAUGUUGGGGAACGAGAUUUGUUUAUGUAUAGUAGGUAAUAAAAUAGAUUUGGACAAAGACAGACAUGUUUCAGUGGAAGAGGCUGAGAGUUAUGCCGAGUCGGUGGGAGCCAAACACUACCACACAUCAGCUAAGCUAAAUAAAGGCAUCGAGGAGCUCUUCCUGGAUCUGUGUAAAAGGAUGAUGGAAACUGCUCAGACUGAGGAGAGGUUGAAGGGCAACGGAGCCAGCCAAUCAGCAUCGAGUAGGCGGGGUGUACAGAUCGUUGAUGAUGAACCACAGGCCACGCCCGCUGGAGGCUGCUGCUCCUCUGGCUAACACACACACAAACACACACACCUUCUCUCUGUGCUUGCAGACAUAAUAUCCACACACACAUUUUCCAGUGUCUGUCGGUCCGCUCUACUGUAAUCUGCUGUGUCCAUUCAGCGCCGCCUCUGCUGCUAAGGAGCAUGGGAAAUCAUAUUUAAAUUUGUUUAAUCUGUGUUUCCUCCACAAUAAAAGUACCUGGAGUCCUUAUGAUUAAAAGGAGUGUGUGUUCAGUGAUUAAAUCACUUUCUUUAAUGAUAAUAACUCCCCAUGUUAGUUUGUUGUUGAUAAACGUCCAUCUGCAGCUGUUUGUGUGUUUGUACUAAACAUUAUUAAUAAAAGACAUGAAAUCAUUCUGAGGACAGAAAGUUGAGUCUCAGGCUUUCAACACAGAUUUUUGUUUUUGUGUAUUUGGGGGAAAUAGAGGUUAACACGCGCGCGCACACACACACACACACACACACACACACACACACACACACACACACACACACACACACACACACACACACAUACAUAUAAUACUACCCCCCAUUAAUCUUCAUGUUUAUCUGAAGCAUGUUUUCAAACUAAGAGGAGGAACACAGGACUGACUGUUUGUGGUGCAGCGGCUCCACCUGCUGGUCAAAAGUAAAAUUGCAGUGAAUUGGUAAAACAUCAAAAAUGAGUUCAAAUGUUUACUUUCAGGUGUUAAAACACUGAAAGAAUACAGGGUGUCGCUUUUCAUAAUACGGCUGUCCAAUCCACCUUUUCUUGUUUAGAGGAAGACUCACACAAGCGGCUGUAAGACGAUGAAUAUGGAAGCACAGCAGAGUCGGGUCACAUAAUUGUUAAAUGGUGCUGUGCAGAGUGACAUCACUUAGUCAGGUGGAUAAGGACUCUACUGAGCAUGCUCUGUGGGUGCGAAGCCCUCCGAGACUUUGAGCCACACUUUAAUAUUGAGUUUUGCAGUUUGAUUUAAAGAGGGAAGAAAAUGUGUGAAGUUGGAUUUCAAUCGAAGCAGGAAGCUGUUAAACACGUUGCUAAGAAGCAGAACUGCAGUUAUAGGUUCCCAAAAUAAAAAUAAUAUAAAAACAGAUGUGUCUAAACUGAAUAAUAGAAAAGAAACAUGGGAAAUGAAAAAUUUAUUGCUGAAACAGAUUCUUGGUUUGUAAAUGAAGUAAAACAAUCUUUUGUAUUAAAAGUGCUGAAAAAUCAAAUUUAUUAAAAAAGGCUAUUCCUCACAUUUAGGAAGUUAUUACAUUUGAUCGGUAAUAUAGCCAGUAAAAUUUCAGAAAAGUGAUUAGUGAUGUGUUUAAAUGACUCAAGUGUGAAAGUGUAAUAAUAUUGAGAGGUCCUAUUGGCAGGGAAGAAGACCUUCAUGGUGUAAAGUAACAGUAAAUGGCACUUUUGAUGAUCAAAUGAUUAGAAAUGGGAAAUGAAAACAUUUUUGUUAAAUGAAGGAGCACUGCCUCAGUGUCUCAACUGAUUGUGCUUACAUCGCCCCCCAGUGGCAAUUCUGAGACAGGAAAAAGGUAUUUAAUUUAAAAUUACUGAAAACUGAAACUCAGUUGAAUGUUCACAUUAGAGAAACUGGAGUACAUGAUUCUUUCUGUUAUUUUUUGAAAAAAAAAACCCCAUGUUUUAAUGGGUUUUACACACACACACACACACACACACACACUUAUUGAAUUGAUACUGUGCAUGUCUGAUUUCUGUAACCAAGUUUGUCUGACUUUUCGAAGAAAUAAAAAGCACUGAUAACGCUGAAAAUUUAGUUAGUCAUAUUCUCAUAGCAUUGAUGAAAUCUGCCAUAGUUUUCUCUCUUUUGUCUCAGCUGUGAUCUACUGAUUUUUUUUCCCACUGCACUUGUCGCUCCAGUCAUCUCUGCUCCAUGAAAAACAUUGUACACA